AUGGCUCCUUCGUCAUCACACGCACGCAAGUCAUCGGGGACGACCGAGUCUGUUGGAAGAGGCGCAGGAGGUCGAGUUUCCAAGAGAUCCGAUAACGCUUUUAUCCUGGAUUUACAACAACGCGCUGCAACAAGUCAGUCCAGCAAUGGCCCCGCAGAAUAUGUCACACCAGGCUCACUGGAUACAAACAUCAAUGUUGGUGGUCUGUCUGAUCAAGCAGAGGUACAGCCUCGUAUGUCUUCACCUGGAGGCAAUAUCUCCGUCUCUCUUCCCCCAGAUGAUAGUAGACUUGACAGUGGGAGCAGUACAAAUAGCGGCAGCAGAGGGCUCGAUCCCAUUGCUUCAGCUCUUGUGAACCCAUUAUCUGCAGGGCAGUCCAAGUUCAUGGCCUCUGCACAAGGUCGGGAAUUCUACCUUGGGACAUCAUCCAACUGGUCCUUUACACGUCGUGUCCUGAGCCUCACCCAUGAAUACGUCCACCAAAGUCCAAUCGCCGCCGACAACCUCUUGUUUGACGGAUUGGCGUAUGAUCUCGGAUGGAACGGCUCGCGCAUCGCUCCCGUGCCCGAACCUCCCAUUAUGCCGAGCCUCGACCAUGCGCUAUUCCUGGUCAAUACUGUCAAGUUCCAUUGCGGUCAAUUAUUUCACCUGUUCGAUGAAGAAACAUUCAUGGCAUACUUACAUGAGUUUUAUAAUGACCCGACAGGCCACAUAAGUGCCGCAGACCUCCGCUACGUCCACCUCCUCCUGAUCCUGGCCUUUGGUAAAGCUUUUGCAGAGAACAACAACUACCAGUCUAAAAGACCCCCAGGCGCCGAUUACUUUGUGACUGCACUUCGGAUUUUACCCAGUAUUCACAUCCUCGUCUACGAACCGCUGAUAUCAACCGAAAUUCUUUGCUGUAUAGCUCUGUACUUUGAGUCCCUUGACUACCGCCAUUCAUCACAUGGAUUUAUUGGACAAGCGAUGAGAGUCGCGUUAGGCCAAGGAAUGCACACAGACAUGCCCGUAGAUCAACUUGGUGAACGUAUCGUCGAGCGAAGCCGGAGGAUAUGGUGGACUGUAUAUGUGUUAGACCGCGAGAUGACAUCUCUUAUGGGCUUGCCUCAGUCCGUCCACGACGAUGAUAUACAUCCCGCACUACCGCACUUCGAUGGUUCGACGCAACGGGCGGCAGCGUUACAUAUGCAGAUACGAUUAUGUCGAAGUAUCGCAUCCGUCGGCAGAGGGGUUUAUGGUGUAAACGGUCGGCUGAACAAGAAGUUUCUGCUCAGUACUAAAAAGGUUCUCGAAAAUAUCGCUGGUCUCGCAGAUGAACUGCAACAACAAUUUCCUCUGGGCAUCGAAAAAGCUAUCAAUGGAGUUUCAAGAGUAGCAGGCUAUCUCCAUAUGCUUUACCACCAGUGUAUCGUCCUCGCAACAAGACCAUUGUUACUAUGUUUUCUCAAGAUUCGCUUCGAAACACCAGAUGCUAUAACAGAAGCGCUCAACUCGUCCCAGACUGUCUGGAACUUGAUCAAAAUGUGUAUCGACUCUUCAUACCAGAUGAUCAACAUUCUUGGCUGUUUGCAAAGUCAAGGUCUGCUCGAAGCAUUUCUACCUUUUGAUCUAGAGUCUUUGUUCGUGUCAAGCUUCAACCUUCUUAUUGCCCCGGUCCUCGAUCCGAGAUUCUCUGAACAUGAUGCGACGUUCAGGCAUAAGACGUCAAUCAUCUUCAGUGAGAUGGUAAACAAGGGGAAUCUUAUCGCCGUGUUUCGCCGAUCAGAGCUGCAGCAACUUGACGACAUGCUCAGUAGUCUAUCACGAGACAACGACGACACCACGCCUAUACCUAUAGAUGGACAAAUUCUUGGAGGUGCAAUGGCCGAUGAAGCCGUUGUGGCUUUACUGGAAUCGAACGACGAGAACGAGAGUAUGGCGUCGUUGGUCCCACCUAUGGAUGAUUUGGGCAUGGAUGCAUGGUUUACGACAGCCCAAAUGAUUGACUUGGCGAAUUCUAUCGCGAAUAGUGACACUGAAUGGGUUUCGCAUACGAUGAUGGAGCAUGAUAUUUGGUAG